GACCCUUCCGUCUGUUUUUUCUGGUAAGGCUUCAUUCCACAGCCAGCCAUGGCGGAUUCUAAAUCAAAGAAAUCCGCUAGCAACCCAGAAGACAUAGAGCACCUCCGGUCCGACGUAGCCUCCUUCGCUUCCUCUCUCGGUCUCGCAACCUCUCUCCCUUCCUCCGGCUUCAACGAUGUCGAUUUUCGCAAUCCCGGUCCCAAAAAACCCCAAAGGAAGUCCAAACCAGCUCCAAUCCCAAACCCCACCAAAAACCAGAAGUCAAACAAGCCGAAUUUCAAACCCAAUGAAAACCAGAAGCCGAAACUCACACUUUCUUCACUGGAGGAAAACAGCAGCAAGGACAAAGCGAGAAACUUCGAGAAGUUCAAGAACCUCCCGAAGCUGCCAUUGAUGUCGGCGAACAAAUUGGGGGUGUGGUAUGAGGAAGCUGAGGAAUUGGAAGGCAAAGUGCUUGUGGGUGGGAAGAAAGUGGAGGUGAAGAAUGCGGAGGAGUGGAAGGGUGUGGUGGCAAAGAAGAGAGAGCUUGGAGAGAGGUUAAUGGCGCAGUACGUAGCGGACUACGAGUCAUCGAAAGGGAAGAGUGGGGAUAUUAAGCUUUUGCUUACCACACAGAGGUCCGGAACUGCAUCGGAUAAGAUAUCGGCAUUUUCGGUGUUGGUUGGGGAUAAUCCCAUUGCCAACAUGAGGUCCCUUGACGCACUUAUAGGAAUGGUGACAUCCAAAGUGGGAAAGCGAUAUGCAUUUGCAGGUUUUGAAGCAUUGAGAGAAUUGUUUCUUACAAGCUUAUUACCUGAUCGCAAGCUUAAGAACCUCAUGCAGCGGCCAUUAAAUCAUGUUCCUGAAACAAAAGAUGGUUAUUCUCUUCUUCUUCUAUGGUAUUGGGAGGAGUGCUUGAAACAAAGGUAUGAACGCUAUGUUUUUGCUCUUGAGGAGGCAUCAAAAGAUAUGUUACCUGAACUUAAAAACAAGGCAUUGAAGACUAUAUACGUGCUGCUAAAGAAUAAAUCAGAGCAGGAGCGUAGAUUACUGUCUGCGCUAGUUAACAAACUGGGAGAUCCUAAAAAUAAGGGGGCAUCUGAUGCUGAUUUUCACUUAUCAAACCUUUUGUCCGAUCAUCCAAACAUGAAGGCAGUGGUGAUCGACGAGGUGGACUCUUUUCUCUUUCGCCCACGUUUGACUCCACAAGCAAAAUAUCAUGCAGUUAACUUUCUGAGCCAAAUGCGUCUAACUCAUAAAGGAGAUGGACCAAAGGUGGCAAAACGUUUAAUUGAUGUUUAUUUUUCACUUUUCAAGGUACUUAUUAAUGAGGCUGCUGCUGGUGAAAAGAUGGAUAAAAAAGGGAAAGCAUGGUCUAAAAAGCCACUCAGUUCUAAUGAGGAUAAGAGUUCAUCGGAUUCUCAUGUUGAAUUGGAUUCGCGCCUUCUGUCAGCUCUACUGGUGGGAGUCAAUAGAGCAUUUCCCUUUGUCUCUAGCAAUGAGGCUGAUGACAUUGUUGAGGUCCAAACACCAAUGCUUUUCCAGCUGGUCCAUUCUAAGAAUUUUAAUGUAGGAGUUCAAGCAUUGAUGCUUCUCGAUAAGAUCUCUUCUAAGAAUCAAAUCGUCAGUGAUAGGUUUUACAGGGCCUUGUACUCAAAACUACUACUUCCAGCUGCCAUGAAUACUUCCAAGGCAGAAAUGUUUAUCGGACUUAUUCUGAGAGCAAUGAAAAAUGAUCUGAACUUGAAGCGUGCAGCUGCUUUCGCAAAGCGUGUAUUGCAGGUUGCGCUUCAGCAGCCACCUCAAUAUGCAUGUGGAUGCCUCUUCCUCCUUUCAGAAGUUCUUAAGGCAAGACCCCCAUUAUGGAACAUGGUGCUCCAGAAUGAGUCACUUGAUGAUGAACUUGAGCAUUUUGAAGAUGUUCGAGAAGAAACUGAUGAUAACCCCACCCCUGUCCCAGAGAAACAGGAACUCGAUGUUGAGCUUGUACACAGCAAUGAUGCUGCCAAUUCUGACCAUGAUUCUUCAGAAGAUGAUAACGAAUCCACUGCCUCUUAUUCUGAAGGUGAAGGUUCUGAUGAAGCAGAGGAGUUUUUUGUGACAAAAGAUCGAAAUGAUUCCAAACCAAUCCCUGCUAGUAAUGUGCAACCACCACAAGCAUCAUCUGAGAAGCCUCGCUUGCCUGGAGGCUAUGAUCCACGACGCAGAGAACCUUCUUAUUGUAAUGCGGAUCGUGUGAGCUGGUGGGAGCUGACAGUACUUGCUUCACAUGUGCACCCUUCGGUUUCAACCAUGGCAAAGACCCUACUCUCUGGGGCGAACAUUGUCUACAAUGGAAACCCGCUGAAUGACCUAUCACUUGCUGCUUUUCUGGACAAGUUUAUGGAGAAGAAACCAAAGCAAGGCGCAUGGCAUGGUGGUUCACAAAUUGAACCUGUGAAAAAGCUUGACAUGACCAACCAAUUAAUCGGAUCAGAGAUACUCUCAUUGGCUGAGGAAGAUGUAGCCCCGGAAGAUCUUGUCUUCCACAAGUUCUAUAUGAACAAGAUGAAUUCUUCAAAGAAACCAAAGAAGAAAAAGAAGAAGGCAGCAGAAGAUGAAGGCGCUGCAGAUUUGUUCGACGUGGAUGGUGGUGGUGGUGAUGACAGCGAUAACGAAGAGAUUGACAAUAUGCUGGAUUCCGCUGGUGUUUCUAUUGAAGCAGAUGGUGACUAUGAUUACGAUGAUCUGGACCAAGUUGCCAAUGAAGAUGAUGAAGACUUGGUUGCUAAUCUCAGUGAUACUGAGCCGGACCUGCCCUCAGACUGCGGGGAGGGAGAAGACUUUGAUGGCAUUGUGGACGAUAGCCAGAGUGACGAUGACGACAACAUUGAUAUAGGAGAUGUAGACGACAACGACAUUGACAUAGGUGAUGCAGACGACGACGACAUUGACAUAGGUGAUGCAGACGAUGACGACAUUGACAUAGGUGAUGCAGACGACGACGACAUUGACAUAGGUGAUGCAGAUGACGGCAUUGACGAGGAUGAGGGGAAGAAUGUGAAAAGCAAAAGUAAACGGAAGCGAGGGAAGUCUGGAGCAUCCCCGUUUGCUAGUCUUGAAGAAUAUGAGCAUCUGAUGAACGACCACGUUCCUGCUGAUAAGGAAUCUAGAAAAAAGAAGCCGAAAUCACGAAAGAAGAGAAAGUCAUCCGACUGAAACCUCCCUCUCUUCGUCGGACUCCUCCAUAAAACCAUCAGGAAAUUUUGUUUCGAACUCAUAUCCGAUUGCACCCAUAGAAUUUUUUGCCGUUGGCUUUUACUUUUUAUGAAAAAUUAGAAUUCAAGAUUACAAUAGAGACAGAGAUGUAGGUCUAGACAAAUUGUUGCCCUUUUACUCAAGUUCCAAUUCCAUUGCCUAAAACACAUAAACCCUAAACCCUGGAACUAGAAGCCUAAAUGUACACAAGGCACAUGAAUCCAGCUGCCUUUCAUCUGCUUCAUGAUAUGGAGACUUCAACUGGUUUGGGGUUGGGAGGCGGAGGAAGCUUCUCGACAACCAGAGUCAGAACCCCGUUCUCACAUUUAGCGGUAAUUGCUGCUACAUUGGCAUUUCCGGGCAACCUCAACUUCCUCAGCAGCUUCUGGACCGCUUUCCUCUCCAGCCUUGUAUACUUGCACCCUUCCUCCUCCCAGUCGUUGCGCUUUCUCUGCCCGUUGCUUCGGAUCACCAGAGUGUUGUCAUCUUCAACCGUCACCUGAAUUGCGAAAUCAAAUUUGUUCACUCACAGAUGUAUCAACCGGAAUGCAGGACACACCUUUGUUCUCGUUAGCGGUCUCGUGAGCUCGAGGAAACAUGAACUUCUCAAUGGCCUCUGGGAAAUUCAGCUGGUGGUUCACCGCUUUGAACGCACUCGAAUCCGCAGCUCGGAUCAUUUUUCACCAAAGAUUCAGAAUCCGCAGAGUACAAUCUGGGAAAAAAUCAAGAGAAAGUUUACUUUAGCAACCCAUUAGCAAUUAACCGAUCAAAAGUAGAGAUUUGAUGGAGAAAUAUGGGUAAAGUUGAAAGAUUUGGUGACCCAUUGGAGAUACAAGCUUGUAUGCUUGAAUUUUUUUAGCUUUAAGGGCAUUUGAGCUGUUUGUUUCUCGGGAAAAUUACAGAGAAAGCAAAGGAAAAUGCUCUGUUUCCCGCGAAAAUGGGAGCAGAAAUUAACAAAACCAAGUGAAGAAAAAUAAAGUACAGUUUUCGAAGAGGGACAUGGAAAAUAUUUUUACAUGAAUAAAGUUGUUGAUUCGCGCGGGAAGGCGUUUGAU